AACUUGUAUGUUGCAUAGUUGAUCUUGAUCGCAUGUCGGAAACAUCCUCAAAGCUGUCUGUAGUGCCAAUUGGAGUUAUUAUUUGCUUCGUUUUGCGUGUUAUAUUUGCACAGAUCCAGUAUACCCUUUUUACCCAUUUUCAUUACAUUUCAGCUCAAAAUAUUAAAUGCUCGCAACUUAGUUUCUAUGAAUAAAAACGGACUAUGUGAUUCAUUUAUUAAAGUCUACAUAAUGCCUACUGGUCGAUUUAAUGGGCUUACACCAGUAAAAACGGCCGUUCAUAAUAAAAAUUGCUUUCCACUCUAUGACGAACAAUUUAACUUUAAUUUGAAUUCGGAUCAACGCGUGAUGGAAGAUAGCUUGGUUUUAUUUAGUGUUAAGGAUAAGGAUUUAUUUGGAAUGACAAGUCAAUAUAUAGCAGAAUGUUAUAUAACGUUUGCAGAUCUCACAGCAUCUAAGGGCGAGCAAAUUAUUAUGAGCCUAUCUAGACCAGAUAUCACAGAUUCCAUUGCGUGCUCUGGAGCAUAGACAAGGUGAUAAGCAAGCAAAGGAUUUUCUGAAAAAGUUAAAGAGCGAAUCAAAUUCUUAAUUCUCGAUACCGACGAAUGUCUAGUCAACGACUUGUUAUUUAGAAAUGUUAUUAUGGUAUUAUUUAUAUAUUUUCGCAUACUUGAGUAAAAAGUCUAUUUUAACUAGACAUACGCAUUUAUAAAAA